AUGGCUGAUCUGAAUGGCGGCACCAUCAAACUUCAACCAAAAAAUGCAGGCGAAAUUUUUCAUAGUUGUAAAAAAGAAGAAAACUCAAAUGCUGCUGACUGCUCUGCUGAAAUCAUCCCCCAUAACGCCCUCGCUUUUCCUCCUCUCAAGCCCCAUCCAAAACCUUCCCUCUCUAUACCGGCUUCCCAACAACAAUCCCCCUCAAUUCCCCAAAUUCCUCACCGCCCAAAUGCUAAAACCAUCUCUUCUUCCUCAAAAAGCUAUAUCUGGGUCAACCGCAACAGCUCCAGGGCAUCAAAGCUCAGGCGCAAUUCCUACGAUUUCAGGUAUGCUUCUUUAGUCCAAGCUUCCCAACAAUUGGACUCGUGUGACCCUGUAGAAGCUGACGUUUUUAGUAUUUUGGCUAAUUUGGGUGGCAAAGUUGUAGAGCAAGAUGCUGCUGUUGUGCUCAAUAACAUGUCAAACUCUGAAACUGCGCCUUUGGUGCUGAGUUACUUUCUGAAAAGGCUUAAGUUGAAGAAAGAAGUGAUUUUGUAUAAUGUUACCUUCAAGGUGUUUAGAAAAUGUAGAGACUUGGACAGAGCCGAGAAAUUGUUUACGGAUAUGAUUGAGAGAGGAGUUAAGCCCGAUAAUGUCACCUUUUCCACCAUAAUUAGCUGCGCCAGGCUGUCUUCUUUACCUGAGAAAGCCGUCCAGUGGUUCGAAAAAAUGCCGUCUUUUGGGUGUGAACCGGAUGAGGUUACCUAUUCUGUGAUGAUUGAUGCGUACGGGAAGGCUGGGAAUGUAAAUAUGGUAUAG